UGUGUGUGUGUGUGUGUGUGGUGAGUCCCGUAUGUGGCUUGCCAUUGGCCGUGAGCUGGUCGCUCUCCUCAGUGCUGAAAUCGCUGCUCGUCGUUAUCAUGUAACCGGCGAUGAGGCCAAACGGAGCGUCGGCAAAUAAACACCAAAAUGGACGAUGAUCUGUUCCAGCUGAGACAGUUGCCUGUCGUCCGCUUCCGUCACACAGGCGAGAGCACACGCUCAGAAGAUGACAGUGACAACCGAGAGCCGCUUGCAGAGGCACGUGUGGCAGAGCAGACGGAGCUGGAGUCUGUGGCACUUGCAGAUGGAGCUCCUGUCCCCCGGGAGUUUGCCAAUCCAACUGAUGACACAUUCAUGGUUGAGGAUGCUGUGGAGGCCAUCGGCUUUGGGACCUUCCAGUGGAAACUCUCCAUCCUCACUGGUCUGUCAUGGAUGGCAGAUGCAAUGGAGAUGAUGAUUUUAAGCAUCUUAGCCCCACAGCUGCAUUGCGAAUGGAGACUACCAAGCAUGGAGGUGGCACUGCUUACAUCGGCAGUGUUCAUUGGAAUGAUGAUCAGCUCCUCCCUGUGGGGAAACAUAUCUGACAAAUAUGGAAGAAAGACAGGUCUGACAAUGAGUGUGUUGUGGACUAUGUUCUACGGUGUGAUGAGUGCUUUUGCACCCAUCUAUGGCUGGAUCCUCGUCCUACGUGCCCUGGUAGGCUUUGGCAUCGGUGGCGCCCCACAGUCGGUGACACUUUAUGCUGAAUUUCUACCCAUGAAGUCCAGAGCAACAUGUAUAUUGUUAAUUGAGAUAUUUUGGGCACUGGGCACAGUGUUUGAAGUGCUUCUAGCGAUCCUAGUAAUGCCCUCUCUAGGCUGGCGUUGGUUGCUCGGCCUCUCUACCAUCCCCCUGUUCAUCUUUGCCAUCCUAUGUUUUUGGCUACCUGAGAGUGCUCGGUAUGACGUACUGACGGGGAAUCAAGAUAAAGCUCUGGCUACUUUGAAAAGGAUCGCCAAGGAGAAUGGCGUGCCCAUGCCAUUGGGAAAACUUAUUGCUGCCAAACAAGAGGAUCGUGGGAAGAUCCGAGACUUGUUCUCAUCGCACAUUCGCUGGACUACAGUCCUGCUGUGGUUUAUUUGGUUUGCAAACGCUUUCUCAUACUACGGUCUGGUGUUGCUCACUACAGAGCUCUUUCAAGAAGGAGGUGCAUGUGGAAUGUCCAAAGGUAAUAAGAUUGAGUUGCGAUGCAGCUUGGAGUGUAAAUAUCUGAACAGUGAUGACUAUAAAGACCUGUUAUGGACAACCUUAUCAGAAUUCCCAGGAUUAUUGGUGAUAUUGUGGGCGAUCGAUCGCUUAGGAAGAAGGAAGACUAUGGCCUUGUGUUUCCUCGUCUUCUCUCUGUGCAUCAUUCCUCUCUAUGGUUGUGUGGGGAGAGCUUCCAUGACGGUGCUGAUAUUCAUCGCUAGAGCUUUCAUUUCAGGAGGAUUCCAAGCUGCCUAUGUGUACACCCCAGAGGUGUAUCCAACUGCAACCAGAGCUUUAGGAUUAGGAACAAGCAGUGGAAUGGCCAGAGUUGGUGCCCUCAUCACACCUUUUGUUGCACAGGUAUUGUUGGAGUCGUCUGUGUAUUUGGCUCUGUCGGUGUAUUGCUGCUGCUGCCUGUUCGCCGCCAUCGCUUCUUGUGCACUGCCAAUUGAGACAACGGGCCGAGGCCUGCAGGAGUCCAGCCACCGUCAGUGGGGCCAGGAAAUGACGGGCCGGGACUCCUCACAAAGAUCAGGGCAAAUCCCUCAUUCUAGCUCUUGCUCCCAGGACUGAGUAAUAAUGACAGUAGUCCAUUGCAAUGAAUGACAAAAAGCUGGACAAGCUUUUUGCCUGCGUCUUCGGUUCCAUUCUGUGUGUCUGCGGUUUAGGCACUAAAGCUGCUACAGAGACAGACAGUCAUGUCACUGCACUUAAUAGUCUUCAACCACCACUGCUGUCACCAUCUCACCAUUAUAUACCAACAACAGGAUGGCUGGAGGACAUGUCAAGCGGGAUUAAGACACAAAUGGUGGAGGACAAGUAAGACUCUGAAGACAUUUGCUUUGUGCUAAUGAAAAGGACAAAAAGUUAUGGUGUAGGGAUCAGAAGUCAUACAAUAGCUACCGAUACUUCAACUGAGAAAGCCUUAAAUACUUUAAUUAUUUACUUGCAAAACAUCUGCUUUAUACAUUUAAUUUGUAUUGAACCUAUUUAGGUACAAUCUCGCUUAUUUAAAUGUGUUUUUUGAUGAUUGCAGAUUGGAGAUAAUGGCCAAGUCAUAUCAAAUACAUUACAAUAUCAACAAGGAUGGUGGCCAAGGACCAAGGAUAUAUAUGUAAGAUUUGUCAUUCUACUUGUGAUUUUCAAAGGAAACUGGGCAAAAUACAUAAUUCCAGGAGCACUAACGAUCAUUUUACACAACUAUCUUUUGACAAUGGCCAAUGUGUUACAUUUUGGAAAAUGAAUACAUUAAAUGAUGCAGAAUUCAAGUAAAAAGAGGUAUUUUGUGUAUAUUUUUGAAUACUAAAUGUUACUUGAUUACAAUAUUUAAAACAAUGUGUUAGGAUCAAAUUGGGUUACUGUUUACUUAUUAUUAUUAUUUACUAAGUAAAUAAUGCAUCAAACCUUUUCAUUUGUCAUGCUUUUCGUUGAUUCAAAGUGAUGCGGACACCACUGUAUUUUUCCCAGUCCCUUUGGAAAGAAAACUAAUUAGCAGAUGCCCAUCUUAUAGUAUUGAUCCUAUCAGUGUAAAAACAAAAUGCUGCAUUAGGUGUCCGUGUGCACUGAUUCUUGUCAAUACACUGGAUGUAAAUGUACAAUAUUGCAGUAAAAAGAUCAUUGAAAAAGA